AUUGUUGGCUGUAAACUCAGGUGAUACACGUUGCGGUGUUGGUGAUGCUCCGGAUCCAAUGUUGAUGUUCAGAGAUGUGGCCGAUUUGAUAAUCAGUCACGAAUUCUUGCUCGACAGAGGUGGAGUAUGUGAUGGAAUUUCUGUUAACAAAACAAACAUAGAGAAGUUUUCUUCAUAUUCAGACUCUGAUCAGGCGAAACUAGGUUUGACGACGGCAACUUCAGAUAAACCAUCAGAAUCAAAUAUUAUUGGGCUUGCGUCAACACUGUUAUUAUCAGGAGCACCAAUUAUUUAUUAUGGAACUGAGACUGGUUUUCGCGUCCAGUAUCAACUGGACAAUCGAGAUUAUAUUUAUCCAAAAAAAGAGGGUUACAAUAACAUUGAUGGACAUCUGGCUCUCAACUCUCACAUCCCAAUGCCAUGGGAUUCAACUGGAAAGAGGUUUUCGCCAACAGUAGAUGAUACUACGUUAAGUGGAUAUUUCAAUGCUUAUGAACAACUGUCAUCCGUUGAAACUCAACUUGCUGAAGGAAAUGAUCAAUCCACACUUCGUCUCGUUAUGAAAUUGGUGGAUCUACGUCAGAAACCUAGUAUGGAAAGGGGAACAAUGGAGCGAUAAACCUUCCUAAAG